GGAAGUGCAUGUGCAGGAAGAGCAGUGAGAGCUGGACACAGGUGAGGAGAAGACAGAGAAACACAUAGACCUUAGGGCUUUGAUUGCUGUUAUCUCUUUACGUCAUUUAAGAUCGAUCUUCGACCGCUGCGUCCAUCAUGGAAUCUGUAAACUACGUAGCUGCGCUAAACGAGUACGGACAGAAAACAGGCUACGAGGUGAUUUUUGAAGACGUGGGCUCCGCGGGACCCGACCAUGAUAAGAUAUUCACCCAGAGGGUAGUCUGCAAUGGUCAGGUGUAUCCCGAAGGUGUGGGGAGGAACAAGAAGCAAGCCAAGCGUAACGCUGCUCAAAAUGCCCUGACAUGCUUGUUGGGCAACCAAUAUGCCAGCAAUGAGGUAACAAUGCAGAGUGUGGAUGACAACAGCUUUAAAGAGACAAAUUUCAUAGGAAUUCUCAACCACUACUGUCAGAAAACAAUGCUCACCCAUAAUUACAUCCAAGCGAAAAGACGUGGUCAACCACAUAGCUCGCAGUGA